CUAUUAUAUCGAUUAAGUCUUUAUGGCUUAGCCAAUAUAAAUUCUUAUACAAGAAUUCCAUUUGGAUAUAUAUCUAUAUUUAAUUUUCUCUAUGCCGCCAUUCUUAUCUGGCUGAAGGCAAUAGAAAAAAGCAAUAUAGACCAAUAGAGAAAAUGAAAUGGGGGAGGGAGGGCGAGCGAGUUGGAACCCCUCAUUGGUUUGAAUCCUUAUUUUUUCUGCAGGAAAUGCUACGCAUGCUCAUUUCCCAGUCCUCAUCUCUUUUUGAGCACUAUAUUGCUUAAGCAUAUACCCCUAUCGGAAGGGGAAAAUUUAGUGCGUUUAUAUUGCAGACUACACGCUCUCAAGAGAAAGACGGAGUGCAAUUAAAAUUUAAUCAGCUUGCCUUUGUGGCAAUCGUCUGAUUUUUGUGGUUUUACCAUAUUGCAGACUGUCAAUCUUUCUGCGCCUAUAUGUGUGUCGUGCAAUGCGCUAUAUGUAGGCCGAGGUCCACCUUAAGUUAGGUUUUAUUGGCAGAAGCGCUCACAUUCUGCGGCUGUAUUUCAACAGUUUAUUGCACCGACUGGUUGUUUCUGCCAUCUACGGAGAGCAGAGAGCGCACCACCAACGACAGUGCUAUUGCGAGGAAUGGCAGAGGCGGACUUGCAAACGUUUACCUCCAUAAUGGAUGCGCUGGUUCGAAUUAGUUCCAACAUGAAGAGCAUGGAGCGGGAGCUGCAGUGCCCAGUGUGUAAGGAGAUGGUGAAGCAGCCCAUCAUCCUGCCCUGUCAGCACAGCGUCUGCCUGCUGUGUGCCUCUGAAGUGCUGGUGCAGAAUGGUUACCCCGCCCCGGACCUGCCCCCCUCGCCCAACUCGCCUGCCUCCACACCCAACACCCGCUCUCCUCGUCAGGCCCGCCGCCCCAUGCCCAAGGUCGACCGCAUCGAACGGGUGCUGCGAGCAGGGUUCGGAACGUACCCCGGCAGGAGGAGGAAGGAGGGCCCCCCUCCAAACAUGCUGUUCCCCUGCCCUCCCUGCCAGAGGGAGGUAGAGCUCGGGGAGAGGGGGUUGGCCGACUGUCUGCGUAACCUGACCCUGGAGCGCAUUGUGGAGAGGUACAGGCACACUGUCAGCUUGGGCACCGUGGCUGUCAUGUGCCAGUUCUGCAAGCCCCCCCAGACCCUGGAGGCCACCAAGGGCUGCGCCGACUGCAGGGCCAACUUCUGUAACGAGUGCUUCAAGCUGUACCACCCAUGGGGGACACCGCGUGCCCAACACGAGCACGUGCAGCCGACCCUCAACUUCCGGCCCAAGGUCCUGACCUGUCCAGAGCAUGAGCAGGAGCGGCUGCAUUUCUACUGCAAGUCCUGCCAGCGCCUCCUGUGUCCACUGUGCAAACUGCGCCGGGUGCAUGCGGGGCACAAGGUUACCCCCGUGGUGCAGGCCUGCCAGACGCUGAAGGAAAAAAUCACUAAGGGCAUCAACUACAUCCUGGCCAAUCAGGAGACGGUUCAGGCACAGAUCACCCAGCUGGAAAACGCGAUCACGCAGACGGAGGUAAACAGCGCUACAGCACAGGAGCAGCUGGCUCAGAGCGUGCGGGAGCUGGGUACAGCAUUGGCGGAGCGGCAGGCGGCCCUGACGCAGGGCUUGGAAGCGGCGCGCACUCGCCGCAGGGAGGCGCUCUCGUCCCAGGCGGUAGAGAAGCAGAGCCUGUUGGAGCAUGCGGGGCUGCUCGCCUUCUCCCAGGAGCUGCUCAAGGAGACUGACCCGCCCUGCUUCGUGCAGGCCGCACGUCUCACUCACAACAGGCUGCUGAAGGCCAUCGAGAACCUGCAGUGCUUCUCCCUGUCUGCUGACCCCUCCUUCAGGCACUUCCAGCUGGAUGUCUCCCAUGAGCACAAGCUGCUCAGCAACCUGGACUUCAUCCGAGCCCCGCUCGCCCCAGUGAUCGACACUCAGCGCACCUUGGCCUAUGACCAGCUCUUCCUGUGCUGGCGCCUCCCCCAGGACUCCGCCCCUGCCUGGCACUUCACCGUGGAGUUCCGGCGCCGUGAGGGCGGCCACGGGGGUGUGUGGGGCGGGGCCAGGGUUGGAGUGGGUGGGGCUGGAGGCGGAGGCCACUGGGGCUGGCAGCGGCUGGAGGAGGUGACGGGCACCAGCGUGGUGAUCGAGCGGUUGGAGAUGGACUGCGUCUACGUGCUGAGGGUUCGCGGCUGUAACAAGGCUGGCUUCGGGGAGUACAGCGAGGAGGUCUACCUGCACACGCCCCCGGCACCCGUGCUGAAUUUCUACCUGGACUCCCGCUGGGGGCUGCACUCUGACCGCCUGGUGGUCAGCAAGGAGCAGCGCUGUGCCCGCAGUGUGCCGGGGCUCUCCCUCCUGCAGGCUGCGGACCGCGCCCUCACUUCCUGUCACCUGACCUCGGACCUGCUGGUGGGCGAUGUGGCCGUCACGCAGGGCAAGCACUACUGGGCAUGCUCGGUGGAACCCGGCUCUUACCUGGUCAAGGUGGGCGUCGGCCUGGAAGCGAGACUUCAGGAGUGGUUUCAUCUGCCCCAGGACAUGGCCAGUCCGCGGUAUGACCCAGACAGCGGCCAUGACAGUGGAGCAGAGGAUGCCCUCGACUCUUCUCCUCCCUUCUCCUUCCUGACCAUGGGCAUGGGAAAGGUUCUCCUGCCCCAGGGGGGACACUCCCACAAUAGCUGUCCCAGCAAUGCCACCAGCCCCCGGGAGCCCUCGUGCCUUUCCAGCACCAACAGUGGCCACACCACACAGACAGCCCUCACAGCCCCCCUGCCCCCACGGCUGGGGGUGUGUCUGGACUUUGAAAAGGGGCGUGUCACAUAUUAUGAUGCCCACUCGCUCCGCCCCCUAUGGGAGGGCCCGGUUGAUUGCUCUGGUCCCGUCUGUCCAGCGUUCUGCUUCAUUGGUGGCGGUGCACUGCAACUGCAGGAGCUGGUGGCCAAUCGGGCUGCAGAUCAGCCCCCACCCAGACGGGUCACCAUCCAAUCCCGCGUCACCGGCCAGGGUAACUGAGAAGAUUGACAGGAGCUUUCACUGAGUAAGCAUCCGUACCCCAACAGCUGGGAGGAAGCCAAUAUUGUAUUUUUUUUUUACAUUGUUUGAAAUAAUACAAAUUAUGUUGUUCAUUAUGUAAAUUUGUAAUAUUUUAGCCCUUUUACAUUAAUUAACAUUUUUCAUUGGCUUAGGGUGGGGGUUGAAAAAUCCGUAAAAUUCUGCUGUAUAAAUCCUCAGAACGUGCUGUUCGUCCAUAUACAGGAUAUCUAUUUAUGCAAAAAAGAUUAUUCCUCUGUAUAUGUACGGGCUCCCUUUCCCCGACUGUAUUUGAUUGGUGAAAAGGCUGCUGUGAACCUCUCAGACGUUAAACCCGUCGAAGGAAGCCAAAGCUGCAAAAUACAGUUCAAAUAAUUUAUUCUGAAUAACCACACAGAUCCGCUCGUCAAAUGACCACGUUGUAUCCGGAUACAAGGUAUCACCGUACGUAACAAACGUAAACUAUACUCUGCUUAUGACCACGUUUAGUCGUUUUUCCUUAACGUGUAUAUCCAGCAACCAGCCCUGGAAAAUUUCUAAAGAAACCGUAGCUUUUCAGCCUUUCCGUCCCAGCCUGGGCGAUUGCAAGACACAAAUAUCGCUUCCGUAGAUGAUCGGAUCUUAUUGACUUAUUAUUGGUGCUGUGGGUUUGCAGUUGCCUGACGCCAUAGAGCUCUGUGUGUGUGUGUGUGUGUGUAUGUGUGUGUGUGUGUGUGGCUGUGUGGCUGACUGCACAUUUGUAAAAGCAAAUCCCCACGGCAUGAACAACUGGGGCGCAAAACACAAAAAGAAUAAAAUUAGAAGUAUAUUAUAUAUUACUACUGAGCUUAAAAUGCAAAAUAAAAAAACACAGCGUAAACAGACUUUUCAGUGUAAGGGACUCUAUUAACACGGGAGCUGCAAUUAACACAAAAGCCCCUGAAUGGAGGCAAAUAAUGAUUAUGAUAUAGUAAAAGUGUUUGGCAGUGUUUCUUGUUUGUGUGUGAGUGGAGUUGAGACUUUCACACUGUAUUUAGUUCGGUACCCGACUUUUGCUGUUAUCGUUGGGGAUCGUGAUACGUUUUAAACACGUGGUUUUGUGGCAUCCGAAUGACUCUGAACUGUAGCAUUUCUGCAAACUUCAUUUAGACCUCGCCUGUCUGGCACACUGUUUCUAAAAUGAUAAUAAAAUGGUAUUAAAUGAGUGAAACCUGA